UGGCUGAUUUUGGCGCGGGGAGCAUGGAGUUGUUGGUGGCGAAGCUGUUUGAGGUUCAGGCGGUGAAGUUUGGGAGCUUUGUGUUAAAAAGUGGCAUAUUGUCGCCUAUUUAUUUCGAUUUGCGGGUGAUUGUGUCCCAUCCGACUCUGCUUAAUCAGGUUUCUGAUCUCCUUUGGAAAACUGCACAGAAUGCUGGAAUUAAAUGCAAUUCUAUUUGUGGAGUUCCAUACACUGCCUUACCUCUUGCAACUAUUAUCUGUUCUGUCAAUAAUAUCCCCAUGCUCAUUCGUCGAAAGGAGGCAAAGAAUUACGGUACAAAUCGUUUGGUGGAAGGUGCUAUUAACCCAGGAGAAAUCUGUCUUAUUAUCGAGGAUGUUGUCACAAGUGGUUCCAGUGUCUUGGAGACUGCAGAAGUUCUUCGUCAGGAAGGAUUAAAAGUCACAGAUGCAGUGGUAUUGUUGGACCGAGAGCAGGGAGGAAGAACCAGAUUAGAAGAGGAAGGAAUACGUUUGCACUCUGUUUGUUCUCUUUCCAAAUUAUUAGAAAUUUUACAUAGCCAAGAAAAAAUUGACAGUGAAACAGUAGAAUGUGUCAAGACAUUCAUAAGAAAAAACACAUUGCCAACGGUGAGUAAAACGAUGGAUGGUUCAACGAAACAGUUUAAUACUCAGCCUGAUGGAACACAUGCAAUAAAACUCUGCCAAGAAAUUAGUUAUGGUGCUCGUGCUCAGCUUCCUGGGAUUCAUUCAAUCACAGCAAAGCUUUUUAAAAUCAUGGAAAAGAAGCAAACCAACUUGUGUCUCGCUGCUGAUGUCACAAACUCAAAAGAGUUACUGCAACUGGCUUGUUCACUGGGUAGUGAGAUCUGCGUAUUGAAAACACAUGUUGACAUCUUGAAUGAUUUUGAUCUAGAUGUGUUCAAAGAGCUGAGAACGAUUGCUGAUAAGCAUGAAUUUUUGAUUUUUGAAGAUCGAAAGUUUGCAGAUAUUGGGAACACUGUUAAACACCAGUAUGAAGGUGGAGUAUACAAAAUUGCUACAUGGUCUGACUUUGUGAAUGCUCAUGUGGUUCCUGGCCCUGGAGUAGUGAAAGGAUUGAAGGAAGUUGGAUUGCCUCUGAACCGAGGCUGCUUGCUGAUUGCUGAAAUGAGCUCCGAAGGUUCCUUAGCUACUGGGGACUACACCAAAGCAGCUGUAGAAUUGGCUGAAAAACAUUCCGAUUUUGUCAUUGGAUUUAUAUCUGGUUCAAAUAUCAGCAAUAGAUUAGAGUUUAUACAUAUGACCCCAGGAGUCCAGAUGCAGAUUGGAGUGGAUAAUCUGGGCCAACAGUACCUGAGUCCUGAAGAAGUGAUUCACAAGUAUGCCUCUGACAUCAUCAUUGUGGGCAGAGGGAUCUUGUCUGCGAAGGAUCGUGUGGAAGCUGCAAAAAUGUACAGAAAGGCAGGAUGGGCAGCUUACAUGAGCAGGUUGUCAUCUGUUACCAACUGAAAGUUUGAACAAAGGAAACAGAUGACGAAUUUCAUGCAAUCUGAAGUCAGUUUGUUGUUUUUCCUUGAUUUUAGUUUGUAAUAUGGUACAAUUAUUGAAUGUGCUUUUUAAAUAAAACCAAUUUAAUCUAUUUUAAAA